ACUCUCUCUCCACCUCUCUGUAUCACUCCUUCCUUGACUCAGACGUGUGAUGCUCUGCAGUGCUGCACACUGAGGCAGCUACCACCAGCUGUUUAUUCCCCAGCAAGACCAAGGCAGGCAGGCAGGAGCUGCAACAUCAUCCAGCCCUGACAGGAGUUGGAUGGGUGCUUUUCCAUCAUGCUCAAGUCUCUGUUUGUGUAUGGAGUGCUGGGAGUGUUGCUGAUCCCAGCAAAGUGUGAUCUGAUCUCCGUGUGUCUUGAAGAGGACAACGACCUGAGAGUAGACUGUCGGGUCGAGCCCAAGCCCAACCAGAUUAACAGCUAUGAGUUCUCUUUGGCCACUGGAAGCAAAGAGUCCCUCAUAAACACCAAUGUGUCUGGUUCAUCAGCAGAGGGCCGGUUCAGAGGUAUAAGCAAGGUGGAGGAGCUAGAGCCACACGGCUACAGAUUGACCCUGUCCGACUUCACAGAAACACUCACACAGAACACCACCUACAUGUGCAAAAUAUCCGGGUCGGUUGCCAGAGUCAGUGUGGAGAAAGAGCAACUUGUCCAGUGUUCAGCUGUGAGCGUGUUUCUGAAGAGCUCCUGCUCCUGGAUCGUUUGUCUGCUGCUCUUCUUCUAUCAAACACAUAGCUAAAACAAAACAAAACAUGCAUGCUUGUCACACAUCUAACCAUGCACACGCAUCUGUCCGCAUCUGCAAACAUCCCCACAUUAACACCCACAUGUUGAUAAGAUGUUGUCAAUAGCUUGUCUCUCCUUCUCUUGUUUUCCUCCCAAGAGCACUGAAAUAGUAUUAAAAUGUUUUCAUAACUCCUUUUGAUGAGAAAGAAUGAAGAUGACUCAAAGAUGAUUCAACGAAAAUGUUUGUAGAUGUGCUUUUUGCUGUAGAGGCACACACAGCUGCAUGUAUAUGAAUGUACACUGAGUAACUUGCCUUGUAAAUAUUACUUUGGAAGCUGCAGCAUUUGUUUUCAAUAAAGGGAUGCUAUUUAAAGUCA